AUGCGACGCUUUUCAUCAUCGUCGUCUUCUGGUAAAGGUGGUGUGGGUAAAACUACAGUCACAGCUUCAAUCGCUACGGCCUGGCACGACGUGGUUUCCGGCUGCGAACGUCGCGUGAUCUUUGACUUUAUUCAUGUUAUUGAAAAGAAUUGCCGUUUCAAUCAAGCUUUGAUCAAAGAUAAGCGUCUGGAUCGCUUGUCGCUCUUGGCUGCAAGUCAAACUCGCGAUAAGGACGCACUGACUGAAGGAGUUGAAAAGGGUCUAGAUGAGCUAAAGAGAAGGGAUAAUGUUCGUGCGAAAUUGUUUCGAGCAGCUUUGGAGGAAGGACUAGGGAAGGAGUUUAAAGACGUAUUGAACGGAAGAAAUCCGGUGGAGGAGUUCAAAGACGUAUCGAACGAACGAAGUCCAGUGAAGGACUUCAAAGACGUGCUGGAGAAAAGAAAUCUGGUAAAUGUGUUCAGAUCGGUGCUUGAGGAUGAAAAGCAGUUUGGUUGGCUUGAAACCGCUGUUUCGGAUGCGCGUCGUGAGGAGUUUAAAUCUGUUUUGGAUUCUCGAGAUCAAAAGAUGUUUUACGAAGAGUUAAUACAGCGACAGCAACUUCUUGUGAAGAAGCAAAGACAAGCUGAUCUCUCGAAUCAGGGCCGCAUACCAACAUCAUCGUCUUGA